CCGUCGUUCGUCUCUACACAGUAUCUGUAAAUUCUCGACUGCGCGCGCCGUCGUGCGACUUGCCGGAUACUGAGCUCACUUCCCGCCGCUCACCGUUCUUCACUAGGCCUGUUUAGAGUCUCUCCUAGAUUUCUCCGAAAAAAUCGGAUUGGAAGUCGAAAUAGCAUCACGUUUGGAGAAUCCGGAAAGUGAGAGGAUUACUACGAACAUAAAUUGGAGGCUUCCGCUACAUAUUUUUCAGGAUUGCUACACCGACAUUUCAUCGUUCAACGGCGCCACCUCGUGUUUGGUUUUUUCUUCAAUCUUCAACGUUAUGAUACACCGUCAUUGCACCUCAUACUUCAAUUGAUUCCUCACCGUUCCAGUUCAGUUCUUUUUGACCUCUGCAUCUUCUACUCAUACCAUUCCUUUCAUGUCCUUCCUGAAACAAUGUAGAACGUUGAUCGAUGCAAAGCUUGUUCACCAGCAAAUUUUGGUUAAUGGCUUCACUGAUUUGGUUACACACGCCAUUGGAGGCUACAUUGAGUGCAAUGCAUUUGCACAAGCUGUAUCGCUCCUUGAACGUCUCGUUCCAUCUCAUUCCGCCGUUUUUUGGUGGAAUGCGCUGAUUCGACGCUCUGUGAGGCUUGGUUUUCUUGAUGAUGCAUUGUGUUUUUAUCGUCAGAUGGAGAGACUUGGGUGGUCGCCUGACUAUUACACCUUUCCAUUUGUUCUCAAAGCUUGUGGUGAGAAACUGUCAUUUAGAUGUGGUGCCUCAGUUCACGCCAUGGUUUGUGCUUAUGGGUUUGAGUCAAAUGUAUUUAUUUGUAAUUCUGUUGUGGCAAUGUAUGGGAGAUGUGGGGCAUUGGAUGAUGCACGCCAAGUGUUUGAUGAGGUGCUUGAAAGAAAGAUAGAUGACAUUGUGUCUUGGAAUUCAAUUCUUGCUGCUUAUGUACAAGGUGGGGAGUCAAAAGCUGCCCUCAGAAUUGCCUUUCAAAUGGCUAAGCACUACAAUUUCAAACUUUUCCCAGAUGCUAUUACGCUUGUCAAUGUUCUUCCUGCAUGUGCAUCAACAUUUGCGACUGAACAUGGCAGGCAGGUACAUGGAUUUGCGGUUCGGAGUGGAUUGGUGGAUGAUGUGUUUGUAGGCAAUGCUCUUGUGGAUAUGUAUGCUAAAUGCUCGAAGAUGAAUGAGGCAAACAAGAUGUUUGAGCAGAUGAAGGAGAAGGAUGUGGUUUCUUGGAAUGCUUUGGUAACUGGCUAUUCUCAGAUUGGUAGCUUUGAUGAUGCUCUCUCCUUGUUUAAGAGGAUGCAAGAGGAAGAUAUUGAGUUAAAUGUGGUAACAUGGAGUGCUGUGAUUGCUGGCUAUUCUCAAAGGGGGCAUGGUUGUGAAGCCCUUGAUGUAUUCAGGCAAAUGCAAAACUGUGGGUUGGAGCCAAAUGUUGUUACUCUUGUGUCUCUUCUUUCAGGUUGUGCUUCUGUUGGAGCAUUGCUUCAUGGAAAGCAAACACAUGCAUAUGCCAUAAAAAAUAUUCUCAACUUGGAUUGGAGUGAUCCUGGAGAUGACAUGAUGGUUUUUAAUGGCCUAAUUGAUAUGUAUGCUAAAUGCAAAAGCUCGAGAGUUGCUCGCAGUAUUUUUGACUCGAUAAUAGGAAAGGACAAGAACGUGGUGACUUGGACUGUCAUGAUUGGUGGGUAUGCUCAGCAUGGCGAAGCCAAUGAUGCAAUAGAACUUUUCUCUCAGAUGUUCAAGCAGGAGACCUCUUUAAAGCCUAAUGCCUUCACUCUAUCUUGUGCUUUGAUGGCUUGUGCACGUUUGGGUGCAUUAAGGCUUGGAAAACAAAUCCAUGCCUAUGCUUUGCGUCAUGAAAAUGAGUCUGAGGUUUUAUAUGUAGCUAAUUGCCUUAUAGAUAUGUAUUCCAAAUCAGGGGACAUUGAUGCUGCUCAGAUCGUAUUCGACAACAUGAAGGUACAAAAUGCUGUUUCUUGGACAUCUUUGAUGACAGGUUACGGUAUCCAUGGUCGUGGUGAAGAAGCACUACGUGUUUUUAAUCAAAUGCGGGAAGUUGGUCUUUCAGUUGAUGGGGUAACCUUUCUUGUCGUUCUUUAUGCUUGUAGCCACUCUGGAAUGGUGGAUCAAGGCAUGAACUACUUCCAUGGUAUGGUUAAGUACUUUGGGGUUGCACCGGGAGCCGAACAUUAUGCAUGUAUGGUUGAUCUCUUGGGCCGUGCAGGUCGUCUCAAUGAAGCAAUGGAACUCAUUAAAAGCAUGCCAAUGGAACCGACCCCAGUUGUAUGGGUGGCUCUACUAAGUGCCAGCAGAACCCAUGCUAAUGUCGAACUUGGGGAAUAUGCAGCAAGUAAAUUGAUAGAAUCUGGGGCGGAGAAUGAUGGUUCAUACACAUUACUUUCGAACUUGUAUGCGAAUGCGCGACGUUGGAAAGAUGUAGCUAGAAUCCGAAGAUUGAUGAAACAUACCGGGAUCAAGAAGAGGCCGGGAUGUAGUUGGGUACAAGGCAAGAAAAGCACUACAACCUUCUUUGUGGGUGAUAAAAGUCAUCCACAAUCAGACCAAAUAUACAACAUUCUCGCCGAUUUGAUUCAACGCAUCAAGGACAUGGGGUACGUUCCUCAAACAAGCUUUGCUCUUCAUGACGUUGACGACGAGGAGAAAGGCGAUCUCUUAUUUGAGCAUAGCGAGAAGUUGGCUGUUGCGUAUGGGAUCUUAACAUCAGCUCCAGGACAACCCAUUCGGAUAAACAAGAACUUGCGCAUAUGCGGUGAUUGCCAUAGUGCCUUAACCUACAUUUCCAUGAUUAUUGAACACGAGAUCAUAUUGAGAGAUUCCAGUAGGUUUCAUCAUUUCAAGAAAGGCUCCUGCUCUUGUAGAGGCUAUUGGUGAUGGACAAAUUGAAUCAAGACUAUGAGGUAACUGUUUUAUGUCAUUUGUAUGAGGUAACUGCAAAAAUAUUUUGAAUUUGUAUCUAGUGAUUAUUAGGAAAUACAUGUAGAUCUUUG